AUGAUAGCAAUGGUAGUUUGUUGUGUGGUUGUAGGAUUUGCAAUACUUUACUACUUGGUAAGAAAAUGUUGGCCUAAGAAAGGGUACGAAUGGGAGACGAAUGAAGAAGACGAAUGGAAGAUGAUUAUAUUUGAUAGGCUGAAGUUCAAUAAAACAGAAAUAUUGUCAAGUUUGACAGAUGAAAAUCUCAUCGGGUAUGGGGGAGCAGGAAAAGUGUAUCGAGUGUCCAUGAACGAAGGAAGCAAUCACGUUGCUGUCGAGAGUAUUGUAAAUCCCAGAAAAUCAGACUGUGGGCUUGAGAAGGAAUUCCUGGCAGAGAUCAAGACACUGGGGACUAUAUGGCACAACAAUAUAGUAAAGCUUUUCUGCUAUCUCUCGAGCAACGACUUGAAGCUUCUUGUGUACCAAUAUGUCGAGAACAAGAGCCUUCAUCACUGGCUGCAUGGAAAAAACAGGGAAAUAUCACCAGUUGGUACUAGUUCAGUCACGAAACUGGAAUGGCCGAUGCGGCUGCAUAUUGCCAUUGGAGUGGCACAAGGACUUUCCUAUAUGCACCAUGAUUGUUCCACAACUAUCAUUCACCGGGAUAUCAAGUCGAGGAAUAUACUACUGGACUCAGAAUUCAAUGCAAAAAUAGCAGAUUUCGGACUAUCAAAAUUGCUUAGCAGGCACGGAGAUACAGAAAUAGCAUCAAGUAUAGCAGGAACAUUUGGCUACAUUGCCCCCGGCAUGAAUUAUACUUACUAA